AUGCCAGCCACCGGUGAAGUACAUGGUGACAUACCUCAUCCACCUGAAGCUCAUGAAAUUCAACAAAUUGAAGGACCACAAGCAAUUGCAACUUUGACGAACUAUUGUCAGAUUAUAUUCACAACUGUUCAAAGACUGGAAAAAAAGUUUGAUGAAAUGGAUGAAAAAGUAACAAAAAUUUAUCGUGCUCGUUCGAGAUCCUUCUGGAAUUAUCCUCCUUUGAGAUCUGCAACCAGAAAGUACAAUUACCUGGUGUCUAAAAGAGUUAAAGUGCAGAAAGUGAAACAAGUAGUUCAUGAUAAUUCCUUUACCUAUCCUCAAAGUUACAGUCCAACUUCACCAGUCCGCAGGAGGGAAGAAUAUAACCAAGAUACUGAAAGCAUUGAGUCCAUGGAUUACUCUCUGCCUUUCCAGUCCACUGAUACUGUCAACAACAGCCAGACAUUCCAGUACACUGAUGCUAUUGACAAUACUCAGUCUUUCCACCAGACUGUCCAGUACACUGAUACUGUAGACCUCACCCAGACUGUCCAGUACACUGAUACAGUUGACCUCACCCAGACUGUCCAGUACACUGAUACAGUUGACGUCAGCCAAACUGUCCAGUACACCGAUACUGUUGACCUCACCCAGACUGUCCAGUACACCAAUACAGUUGACCUCAACCAAACUGUCCAGUACACCGAUACAGUUGACCUCAACCAAACUGUCCAGUACACCGAUACAGUUGACCUCAACCAAACUGUCCAGUACGCUGAUACUGUUGACCUCAGCCAGACCAUCCAGUACGCUGAUACUGUUGACCUCAGCCAGACCAUCCAGUACACUGAUACUGUUGAUAAUGCCCAGCCUUUCCAGUACUCCAGUGCUGUCAACAAUACCGAGGGUAUCCAGAACACUGAGAACAAUGCCGUUUUCCAUUCGGAGAAUUCCCAGGAAGUAGUAUUUUCUGGAUCUUCACCAGACAGGGACUAUCAAGAAACUCCACCAAGUCCUACAUAUACUACCCAAACCUAUGAGCAGUAUUACAGAUUUAAAGAUGUACCUGGCUCUUCUACAAUGCCCUACUACAGUGACUUUGAAAUUCCAAAUAUGGACACCUUCACUCCUACCACUUCAACACCAAGGAAAGCAAGUACACUCCCUCCAGGGGAGCUCAUCCCCAUACAGAAUCCUGAAAUGAAGCGAAUGGCUUUACUGGAAGCUCAGCGUACACCUGUGAUUGAUCCUAACACUUUUGGUUCAUCACCUGAGUGUAACAGUGCUGUGGUGAGACACCUUGGUGACCCUAUAAACUGGUCUGUGAAUGAUGUGCUAACAUUUCUGAACCGUUUAGAUCCUCCAUUGGCCGACCAACUCUAUCCUACAAUCAAAAAACAUGAUAUUGAUGGGAAAGCCCUGCUGCUGAUCGAUAGUGAUAAAAUGAUAAGAUAUAUGAACAUGAAGGUGGGAGUAGCCAUGAAGUUUGAAAACUACAUUAAAAAGCUUAAAGAAGGAUUAAACCGUGGCCAGUAA